AUGUCUGCCAACAGCUUCUACUUCGCCGGGCAGCAACCCGCCUCCUCCCAGGCGCCCGGCCUGGCCUUCAACGCCGCCGGCAACGGCAGCAGCAAUAAUAACACCGACAGCCUCGCCUCCAACAACCCCUUCCGCAACUAUCGCGCCACCUCUCCCGGCCUCAUCGACGUCUCCUCCUUCCCCACGACGCCUACCUCUCCCUUUGACGACCCGAUGCCGUCCCAGUCCCAGCGCCCUCUGUCGAGGAACCCGUUCCUCGACCAGCCUCUGGCUCCGCGGCCUGUCGACGCCGCCGCCGCUGCUGCUGCUGCUGGACCCAAGACGCAGUCUCUCACUGCCGAGGAAAUCUUUGGAUCCCUGACGCUCGAUGAUUCUCCUGCGUUUUCAACCAAGCAACCCUUCGAUCCGCAGCUGAUGAAGAAGCGCCCUACCGACCGACCAGCGCCACCUCGCCGUGAAAGCGAGAGCCAGGUGUCUUCGCGAGCUGCCGAGAAGCAUCGCCCUACUCGCUCCCAGGAAGAGGCCCUGAGGGCUCGCAAGCCGCCCCCGUCAAAGGCAAAGCAGCCAACAACCCGCCCCAGCCUUUUGGACGAUUCGCCGCCUCGCAAGCCCGUGCAGCGACGCCCGAGGCGCAACUCGGACUCGUCCGUCAUGGACUUUGAUAGCAAGUCCCUCACGGCCGAGGAGAAGCGCAUGAUCGAGGCCCGACGCCGCGAGCGUAACAAAAGCAAGGCGACACGCCCCAGCCGCAAGAUGGACAUUAUCGACCAGCUGGACGCCACCAGCAUCUACGGAACAGGCUUGUUCCACCACGAUGGUCCCUUUGAUGCUCUGAACCCUCAUCGCAACAGACAGAACAGCAAGAAGCUGUCUCCGAUGCAAGCAUUCCCCGAGGGUUCCCUCAACAACACUCUGGGCGGCUCUGGCCCCCUCAAUGCCCAGGCCGAUCACUCGACCUUUAUGGGCCAAGGCAAUGAAGAAGCCUUCCGUGACUAUGCAGCCAGCGCAAAGGCCAAGAGCGCCAAAGAACCCGUCAUCUUUGAUCCGCAGGCUCGCGCACCCCUGGUGCACGGCGACGAGACCCACGGCUUGGGCACUUCGACUUUCCUUGAAGGAACGCCGGCUGCUCGAGCGGACAUUGUCCGCCGACAGGCAGAGCAGGCCCAGGAGAUUGCUGAAGGCGGCCUGCAGCGGAAGAAGUCGGUGGCUCAGAGAAUCAAACAGAGAGUCAGGCCCGACUACAGCAACCGGCCCAUGCCCGGCCACGGCCGCUACGACUCGGACGAUUAUGGCUUCAGCGAGGAGAGGAUCUCCGUCCCCAAGCCUCCUCCGCGCGAGCGAGAGGGCCGACUUUCGCCGCCCCCCAUGCCGCGACGAAACUCGGGAAGUGCUCUGGAGUCGCGAUCGACUGGAGAGGGCAUGGCGUCGCCGAUCGAUGAGGCCCCUGCCAAGCCAUCUGGCCUUUUGGGCCGCAUGAAGAGUCUCAAGGGAGGCAGGCGACCAAACAGGAACGCCGAGGGAGGAAUGGCCUCCUGAAGCAAGUCUGAAUUUGCAUUUAGCGGAGCGUGCGUAUGACAACGUGAGCUGGACGGACGAUACGAAAGCUUCGGUUCCAUGGUCCAUGAAUAUGAUAUCCCACAUGAUGUUGAGAGAGCCGACAAAGGGGGUUUUAAAACGUUUGGGCAUGGGAGAUGCCUGUCGAUUCAACGGUUUGAGCCUUGCUUAUCCGUCGGGGCCCGCAAAUGAAGACAUGUCUUCUUGUCACGUCUGAGCCAGCGGGCUGUGUACUUAAUAUAUGAAUGGUCUCUUUCUUGUUCUUUUGAUUUUCUGCGAUACUUGAAGAAAGAGAGAAAAAACCAACUGUUUGAGGACUUCGGGAAGCAUGGCAGCUUUUGGGGUUUCUUUGUUUCUUUUCUUGCGCGCUCUGUCUCCGUCAUUUUCUUCUUUCGGCUGGAGGUGCGAACCAGAUGGAACUUUGAGUCAGCUUAGUAUCAACGUGUUUGAGUAUUCUGUUUGACUUGGAGGCCGCGAUGGCAUGACUUGAAGCUUGCCUUUUUGUUCCACAUGUUUGCUUGCCUUUUUAUUUCACAUGUUUGCUUAUCCUGCAGGCUCGGGCGUGGGCUUGGUUUUUCGGUUUGUUCACCAGUAAACAAGAAGAUGUAGAUUUGUGCUGUAGAAUCAGUAAAGC